AAAAAGCUGAUAAAUACGGUGCGUUUCAAUCCAUCAACGAUUAGGGUUUUGCAGGAGUAUAAACAUAAACCCCUCAACUUCAUUUAAAGAAGCAGACGACUUGCACAGUUAAACCCUCCCACACACUCCGUCCGCUCUUCCGUCACGUGUGACUAGAAAUGGCGACAGUUCCAGGGCAGUUGAUUUGGGAGAUCGUGAAGAAGAACAAUUCUUUCCUGGUGAAAGAGUUUGGCAGAGGCAAUGCGAGUGUUCAGUUUAGCAAGGAAAGCAACAAUCUCUACAACCUCAACUCCUACAAGCACUCUGGUUUGGCUAACAAGAAGACUGUUACCAUUCAGCCUGGUGGUAAGGAUCUCUCCGUUGUGCUCGCUACCACGAAGACCAAGAAGCAAAACAAGCCUUCCAGUUUGUUACACAAGUCGGUCAUGAGGAAGGAGUUCCAACGCAUGGCUAAGGCUGUUUCGAAUCAGGUUGCAGAUAAUUACUACAGGCCAGAUUUGAAGAAGGCAGCCCUUGCUAGGCUUAGUGCAGUUCACAGGAGCCUUAAGGUUGCCAAGUCUGGUGUCAAGAAGAGAACCAGGCAGGCUGUUUAGCUGUUUAAAGUUUAGGAGACUAAUUUCAAUUUAAUGUUCACUUUUCUCUCUCUCUCUCUCUCUCUCUUUUAAGCUUUUGCUCAUUAUUUUGAGUCUUUAAAGAUGCUUUAUUUGCACUUCCUCUUGGAAGUUUUGGUGUUGUGAACAAAAUAUCUAAAAAUGAAUGUAUUAUUAUUAUUAUAAUAAAUUUUGUUAGGAUCUUUUUCUGGCCGUA